ACCUGUGGAAAAUGGCUCUCGAAAGUGCUGGUGGAUCCAUUAUAUCUAAGAUAGCAGAACUCAUGGUGGAACCAGUAGGAAGGCAGUUCCGUUACAUGUUCUGUUUCAACACUUUUGUUGAAGAAUUCAAAGAACGAAAGGAGAACCUUGCUUUAGCACUAGAUGGUCUGCAAGACGAUGUUGAAGCUGCUGAAAGGAAUGCUAAAGAAAUUUACGAAGAUGUCAAACAGUGGCUGGAAGAUGCAAACAACGAGAUUGAAGGUGCGAAGCCCUUGGAAAAUGAAAUAGGAAAAAAUGGCAAAUGCUUCACUUGGUGUCCAAACUGCAUGCGACAAUUCAAGUUAAGCAAGGCACUGGCCAAGAAGUCGGAGACUUUCAGAGAACUUGGAGAAAGUAGCGAAAAGUUUAAAACAGUGGCCCACAAAGCUCAUCCUCAGCCCAUAGAAUUUCUUCCAUCAAAGGAAUUCACGCCCUUAAAAUCGUCAGAAGAAGCUUUCGAACAGAUUAUGGAAGCUCUCAAAGAUGACAAAGUCAAUAUGAUCGGACUGUGCGGCAUGGGAGGGGUGGGUAAAACCACCCUGGCGAAAGAAGUAGGCAGGAGAGCCAAAGAGUUGCAGCUUUUUCCUGAAGUUUUGAUGGCUACGGUGUCCCAGAAUCCAAAUGUCACAGACAUCCAGGAUCGAAUGGCAGAUAAGUUAGGUCUGGAUAUUAAAGAAAAGAGUAGAGAAGGGAGAGCAGAUCGAUUAAGGCAUAUACUGAAGGAAGUGGAGAAGAUGCUUAUAAUCCUAGAUGAUGUUUGGAAAUAUAUUGACUUGAAAGAGAUAGGGAUCCCAUUUGGUGAUGAUCACAGGGGUUGUAAAAUUCUUCUAACAACACGUCUUCAAGCCAUAUGUUCUUCUAUGGAGUGCCAGCAAAAAGUGCUUUUAAGAGUCUUAACUGAAGAUGAAGCAUUGGUUUUAUUCAGAAUCAAAGCAGGUUUACGUGAUGGGGACUCUACCUUGAACACAGUGGCAAGGGAGGUUGCGAGAGAAUGCCAAGGCUUGCCUAUAGCACUUGUGACGGUGGGAAGGGCUCUAAGAGGUAAAUCUGAAGUUGAGUGGGAAGUAGCAUUUAGACAGCUAAAAAACUCUCAAUUUCUGGACAUGGAACACAUUGAUGAACAAAGAACUGCAUAUGCAUGUCUUAAGUUGAGCUAUGAUUAUUUGAAGAGCAAGGAAACCAAGUUAUGUUUCUUGAUAUGUUGUUUAUUUCCAGAAGAUUACAACAUUCCAAUCGAGGACUUGACGAGAUAUGCAGUUGGGUAUCUCAUUGAAGAUGCAAGGAAACGAGUUUCUGUGGCCAUCGAAAACCUCAAAGAUUGUUGCAUGCUGUUGGGCACUGAAACUGAAGAACAUGUGAGAAUGCAUGACUUGGUUCGUGAUGUUGCUAUUCGGAUAGCAUCAUCUAAAGAAUAUGGAUUCAUGGUAAAGGCAGGCAUUGGGUUGAAGGAGUGGCCAAUGAGCAAUAAAAGCUUCGAAGGUUGUACAACUAUUUCGUUAAUGGGCAAUAAACUAGCAGAACUUCCUGAAGGAUUGGUAUGUCCAAAGCUCGAAGUUCUAUUAUUAGAACUGGAUGAUGGUUUGAAUGUUCCUCAGAGGUUUUUUGAAGGGAUGAAAGAAAUUGAGGUUUUGUCUCUGAAGGGAGGGUGUUUGUCAUUGCAAUCACUUGAACUCUCAACGAAACUUCAAUCGUUGAUGUUGAUCACGUGUGGAUGCAAGGACCUCAUUUGGUUGAGAAAGCUGCAGAGACUUAAGAUUCUUGGUCUUAUGUGGUGCUUAUCCAUUGAAGAAUUACCUGAUGAAAUAGGAGAGCUCAAGGAGCUAAGGUUGUUGGAUGUGACAGGUUGUCGAAGGCUAAGAAGGAUCCCUGUGAAUUUGAUUGGAAGGUUGAAGAAGUUAGAAGAAUUGUUGAUCGGGAAAGACAGCUUUCAGGGAUGGGAUGUUGUUGGGACAAGCACAGGAGGAAUGAAUGCAAGCCUAAAAGAACUAAAUUCGUUGUCUCAUUUAGCCGUAUUAUCAUUGAGGAUACCGAAGGUUGAAUGCAUUCCCAGAGAUUUUGUUUUUCCAGUUAGGUUGCGCAAAUAUGAUAUAAUAUUAGGGUAUGGGUUUGUGGCAGGACGAUACCCAACCUCGACAAGAUUAAAUUUGGCUGGUACAUCCUUAAAUGCGAAGACAUUUGGGCAAUUGUUUUUACAUAAAUUAGAAUUUGUAAAAGUGAGGGAUUGUGGGGAUAUUUUCACUCUGUUUCCAGCAAAAUUGCUGCAAGUUUUGAAAAAUCUAAAGGAGGUGAUUGUUCACGGCUGUAAAUCAGUGGAAGAGGUAUUUGAAUUGGGUGAGGCUGAUGAAGGAAGCAGUGAGCAGAUGGAGCUGCCGUUUCUGUCAUCUUUAACAACGUUACAGCUGUCAUGUUUAUCUGAGCUCAAAUGCAUAUGGAAGGGGCCCACCAGAAAUGUCAGCCUCCAAAAUCUUAAUUUUCUGGCAGUUACGUUUCUCAACAAACUAACAUUUAUCUUCACAGCGUUCCUCGCUCAAAGUCUGUCAAAGCUAGAAAGUCUUUGCAUAACAGAUUGUCGUGAAUUGAAACAUAUUAUCAGAGAAGAGGAUGGUGAAAGGAAAAUAAUUCCAAAGUCUCCUUACUUCCCAAAAUUAAAAACUAUCAUCAUAGAAGAGUGUGGUAAACUGGAAUAUGUCUUCUCUGUCUCUGUGUCUCUAACUCUUCAAAGUCUACCACAACUGCAAACACUUGAGAUAAGAGAUUGUGGUGAAUUAAAGCAUAUUAUCAAAGAAGAGGAUGGUGAAAAGGAAAUAAUUCCAGAGUCUCCUUGCUUCCCACAAUUAAAAACUCUCCGUAUAUCUUACUGUGGUAAACUGGAAUAUUUCUUCCCUGUCUCCAUGUCUCUAACUCUUCCGAACCUGGAACAGAUGACGAUUUAUGAUGGUGACAAUUUAAAGCAAAUAUUUUACAGUGGAGAAGGAGAUGCACUCCCCAGAGAUGACAUCAUCAAGUUCCCUCGGCUAAGAGAAUUGUCUCUUCGGCUCAGAUCAAAUUACAGCUUUUUAAGUCCAAGGAAUUUUGAUGCUCAAUUGCCUUUGCAAGAAUUAACCAUUGAAGGCCACGAAGAAGUGGGUAAUUGGUUGGCACAGCUACAACAAAACGGCUUCGUACAAAGAUUAGAAUUUGUACAUGUGGACAAAUGUGGGGAUGUUCGCGCUCCGUUUCCAGCAAAAUUGCUGCGAGCUCUGAAAAAUCUAAAGGAGUUGACUGUUCGCCGCUGUAAAUCAUUGGAAGAGGUAUUUGAAUUGGGUGAGCCUUAUGAAGGAAGCACUGAGGAGAAGGAGAUGCCGCUGCUGUCAUCUUUAAUACUGUCAGAGUUACCUGAGCUCAAAUGUAUAUGGAAGGGGCCCACCAGACAUGUCAGCCUCCAAAGUCUUGCUCGUCUGUUUUUGACUUCUCUCGACAAACUGAUAUUUAUCUUCACACCGUCUCUCGCUCAAAGUCUGCCAAAGCUACAAGACCUUCACAUAAGUAAAUGCAGUGAAUUGAAGCAUAUUAUCAGAAAAGAGGAUGGUGAAAGGGAGAUAAUUCCAGAGUCUCCUUGCUUUCCAAAAUUAGAAGCUCUCUUCAUACAAGACUGUGGUAAACUGGAAUAUGUCCUCCCUGUCUCUGUGUCUCCAAGCCUUCUGAACCUGGAAGAGAUGGGGAUUUUUAAUGCUCAUAAUUUAAAGCAAAUAUUUUACAGUGGAGAAGGAGAUGCACUCACCAGAGAUGCCAUCAUCAAGUUCCCUCAACUAAGAGAAUUGUCUCUUUCAAAUUGCAGCUUCUUUGGUCCAAAGAAUUUUGCUGCCCAAUUGCCUUCCUUGCAAAUUCUAGAAAUUGAUGGCCACAAAGAAUUGGGAAAUUUGUUUGCACAGCUCCAAGGGUUGACAAAUUUUAAGAAAUUACACUUGCGCUUCCUGCUGGUGCCUGACAUUAGGUGUAUAUGGAAGGGUCUCGAGUUGAGCAAAUUGACUACUUUGGAGGUGGUUGAGUGUAAGAGACUGACACAUGUAUUCACAUGCAGUAUGAUUGUCAGUCUAGUUCAACUAAAAGUCCUAAAGAUAUUGUCCUGUGAGGAAUUGGAACAAAUCAUUGCUAAGGAUGAUGAUGAAAACGACCAGAUAUUGUUAGGUGAUCAUCUCCGAUCUUUAUGCUUUCCCAAAUUACGUCAAAUUGAGAUUAGAGAAUGCAACAAGUUGAAGAGCCUCUUCCCAGUAGCCAUGGCUUCAGGUCUCCCAAAUCUCCGAAUACUUAGAGUAACAAAAUCCUCUCAUUUAUUGGGAGUAUUUGGGCAGGAAGAUCAUGUUUCACUUGUCAACGUUGAGAAGGAGAUGGUGCUCCCUAAUCUAAAGAAGCUGUCGCUAAAACAAUUACCAAGUAUUGUCUGCUUCAGUUUCGGAUGCUGUGAUUUCUUAUUCCCUCGUUUGAAGAAGUUGAAGGUGUAUGAAUGCUCAAAGUUGACCACAAAAUUUGCUAUUACACCAGAUGGUUCAAUGAGUGCUCAAUCAGAGGUAUCUGAAGUAGCUGAAGAUUCAAGCAUUAAUAGAGAGUGGACCAGAAAUAAUGGGUGGAAAGAAGAAGAAGAAGAAGAAGAAGAAGAAGAAGAAGAUGAUGAUGAUGAUGAUGGGUCAGAAUAGGAAGGGGAAGAGGAAGAUGGUGGUGAUGAUGAUUGCUAGUCUAAUAAUUCUUUCUUGCCCAAGCCAGGUGAUAUAGCUGCAAUUAUUUAUCCUCUCCUUUACCCUCAAAUUUUAAUGGUUGAGUUAAAUCAUGGAUUGUCUUUUUUCUUCAUGUUUGCAUCAGGCAAGGUUGGUUAGCUGUUACAUGAUUUCAAGGUUGGUGCUGCGAAUAUGUUUUAGAUUGGUGGGAAGUAAUUCCAACUGUUUCAUUGGCAAUGUAACAGUCUUAUUUACCAUAGAAGAUUUUGACUUAUCUAUCUAUAUGUUUGUUGAAGAAGUUAGAAGUAAUGUAAUGUUGUGUGUGUAGUCAUUAUCGUACAAGCCUCCAGAAGUAAGGGCGUAUGUUUGCUUGAUGCUGAACUCUUUGUUUGAUCUUCUGUUUCUAAUGCAUAAUGCAUUAUUAAAAAUGUCAUUUUAUGAGCAUCUGAAUAUGUUUGGGCAUUCAAAUCUCAAGAUGACUGAGACUUGAUGCUGAACUCUUUGUUCAAAAGUUUGAUACUGAUAUCAUGUUUUCCUAGCAGAGCAAUCUUAUGUUGAAUGGUUUUUUCGAGCA